AUGGUAUCUGAAUCUCAUUACUUGCCCAAGGCCGCACCUGUUGAUCCCAAUGCGGGCCACUACCUGGCUGCAACUCAACCAACGACUUCUAUGUCAAUUGGAUCCCUCGUGGCACCACCUAUCCAUCCAGACCUAGCAAACGACACUGGUUACAUGUGGAUGGGGAUGAACAUGCCGUCAGAGCACCAAAAUCCCCUCUAUCCCCCACACCACAUUCAUGAAUCCAUCGAGGACAGCCAAUUCUACUCGAGCCCAGAGGCUUGCCCUUCUCCUUGUUCAGACGGUGCAACAUUAUCUAUUCCAUCUCACCCUCGGUCAUCUGUCGCUUCGACGCCAACAGCGGUUGCCGAUCAAUAUCCGGAACCCAUCAUCGAUAGCGAUUUAACAUCCUCACCAAUGUCUAUGCAUGCUACCUUGCGGUGCUGGGACCAAUCAGAAGGACCAUUGGCUACGCCAAGCUAUGCACCUGUCCCUUUGAGUGAUAACCUCUACCACGAUUUCUCUUCUCCAUCUUCUUCUCCUGCGCCAUCCCUGAUGGUCUUCAUAGGGCGGCGCAUCUUUGGAAAAUAA